CUCAUUUUUCUAAUUAUAUUCUAACUUCUAUCUCAUCAAUUACACCUCCAACUCUGAAAGCUAAUUCAUUCGUCACUUCUUCAUGGAUCCUAUAAUGAUAGAGAAGCUCAAAGCCAUGAAAUGUCAUAGAAGAUCAAAGACAACAAAGCUCCUCCAAGACCUCCUCAAGUUCUUUCUGGCAACAAUUUUCCUUGGCCUAUUUCUCUCAAGCCCUCUUUGGCUCCCCUUCACCUUCUCCCUCCUCAAGACUCUUCUCAUGGUGAUUGUCGAUACCAAGUGCCUCUUCGUCAUUUUCAAUAUCAUCGUUAUCGUUCUUUUUGGCCAGUCUAAGCUCUCAAUCCCUUCUCCUUCUUAUGAUAUCUAUGAUGAGUAUGUUAGCCGGAACAAGAGCCUCCAAAGGUUAAACAUUAGCGAGAAUGCAGUAAAGAAGGAUGUAGUACUAGAAGACAGAGAAGAGAGUAAAUAUGAAGAGGUGGAAGAGGGUGAUCUCAAUGGGGGCUUAGAUGAAUUGAACAAGAGGGUUGAAGACUUCAUUGCUAGGGUUAACAAGCAAAGGAGGAUUGAAGCAAGAACCAUAGACUACUAUGGCAAUUGUUAGAAAGUACGUCAGAUAUUAUAGUUAUGUAUCUAUGCGACGAAUUAUCCUAGCUAGCUAAUGAAAGGAAGAUCUUUUGUAGGAAUGCAUGUAACCCUUUUUUGAAGAUCAUUGGAGUGCAAGUUACUCUUGAGAAUUGGCAUUUUGCUUGUUUUCAUUGAGUAUGCUGCAUAUAUCUCUUGGAGGUCAAAGUUUCAAUCUUUGGUGUUGGUUUGUCGA